AAUUUGCUGCUUUUCAACCUGUUACUGUCAGUCAUGUCUCUCAUCUUUUGCAUGGACUUUCCAACGAUAAAGCCACUGGCAUCGAUAAAAUCUCUUCCAAAAUUAUUAAAUUAGCUGCACCUGUCAUCUCAGAUUCACUGGCACUUAUUUUCAAUCAGGCUAUUACUUUAUCUUCUUUUCCUGAUGAAUGGAAGGUGGCUAGAGUGAUGCCUCUAUAUAAAAAUGGCCAGCGUAGUAUUCCUGGAAACUACAGACCAAUAUCGGUUUUACCGGCCAUUAGUAAAAUUAUGGAACGGAUAUUGUAUGAUCAACUGUAUAACUAUUUAACAAAAUUUGAGCUUCUCAGUGAUUCACAAUUUGGAUUUCGAAAAUUUUACUCUACAGCUAGUGCAUUACUAGACUGUACUAAUGAUUGGUAUGUAAAUCUAGACAGAAAAAUGUUUAACCUAGUAGUUUUAAUUGAUUUGAAGAAAACCUUUGAUACUGUUGAUCAUCAAAUUCUGCUGAACAAAUUAGAGCUCUAUGGAAUAAAAGGACAAGCUCUAACUUUGCUCAAAUCCUAUCUCACAAACCGAAACCAGAAGUGUCAAAUAAAAAACUCAUUUUCAUCUGAGCGCUCGAUUAAAUGUGGUGUACCACAAAGCUCUAUAUUAGGGCCAUUAUUCUUUUUGUUGUACAUCAAUGAUUUGCCACAUUGUCUAAACAAAACAAAACAGCGGUUGUUUGCUGAUGACACAAAUUUGACUGCUUCAGAAAAUUCUAUGACUGACCUAGAGACUGCAGUAAAUUCUGAUUUAGAGAACCUGGAAUGGUUAAUGAAUGGUUAA